GCUGCCCCUUGGGACAAUCAUCGUGCUUGGGAGCCAAAAAGCCCUGCCGAGCCUUGCUCCACCUGUCCCUCAUGCCGGGUGUAUCUUCCGUUCGUUGUCAGCGCUCGUUAAGACCGAGGGCAUCUCUGUCUCUCUGGCUUUGCCGUGUCUCCGGUUUCACUGGAGCGGAGUCAAGCGGAGCCGAGUCCACGCAGGGUCUGGAACGGAUCAGCAGGUCAGCUGGGAAUGCCUGUCAGGCAGCCAGCGCUGCUCCCUCCCUGCUCCCUGCCUUUCUUUGAGGGGCAGCAGCAAGGCAAGUUGGCAGCUUGGCUUUCGAGCUGCUUUGUGUCUGCUGCUACCAGGAGGGAGUGUGAGUGGGGAGCAGCAUGGCAGAACAAGAAGCCAGUGGCUUGCAAGUCCUUCUCUCCACCCUCCAGAGCUCCUGUGACAAGGAUGUCAUCCUGAACAUUCUCAGUGUCCUCACUGACUUGCUGUCUUUGGGCACUGGACGGAGGAUUCACUACGUGGUCAGCAAAGGGGGCAGCGAGGCUUUGCUGCAGGCGCUGGCCAUGGCUGCUGGGACCGAGCCCGACCACGGCACCCUGCUGCCCCUGCUGAGGCUGCUGGCCAGGGUGGGCCAGCGAGAUAGGAAGUUUGGGCUUAAAGUGCAGAAGGCAGAAGCCACUGAUCUAAUACUGAGCUUGGCAAGAAGACACCUGGGCCACCCCCUGCACCUCACCCACUGCCUCUGGGUCCUGAGGGUUUGUGCUUCUAAUGUUACCACGGGAACUAUGCUUGGCAUCAAUGGAGCCAUGGAGCUGCUUUUCAAAGUCAUCACUCCCUACAGCAAGAGACACGUCAGGACGGUCAGGGCAGCCAUUGGGGCUCUGGCAGCUCUGCUGAAAUCAAAGUCCAACAGCCGCCGGGCAGUGAACAGGGGUUACCUGGGGGAACUGCUGAGACUCUACCAGGACUGGCAUCGCAAUGAUGUCUCCAACAACUACAUUUACAUUCGUAGGGGUCUCCUGCUCUGCCUCAAAUACAUCACCAACAUCCAGCUGGGCAGGGAGACUUUCCUUGGUUCGCGGGGAAUGGAGAUUCUCUUCACAAGUGUGCAGGACUGCUUAUCUUGUAAAAAUCUGGAUCCAAUCAUAACUACUGCGACUCACAUUCUGAGGAAGUGCUACCCCAAGGAGCAUCUGCCUGUGGUGACUGUCAGAAGUUCCUAUUCCUUCCCUCUUCCUGGGAAUGCCAGUGCUGAACCCCCAUGUGAGGGCUCUGAAGGUGACAGUGAAAGUGAAGGAGAGGAAGAGGCUGAAAAAGACUGGGAGAACGAGGAUGUGGAGAGUAAAGAGGAAGAUUGUGACUUGGAGACAGAUGUGAAUAAAUUGAGGUCGAGGCCAGUGCUUGACCGGCCAGAACAAGAGCUUGAAAAAUAUGAAGCUCUGUGUGCAGAGCUUUCCCAGAAUUUUCAGGAGCUUGAAUUUGAAUCUGAGGAAAAGAAGAGCUUGGAGGACAGGACUGAGAAUCUUCCCUCUGCUCCCUCUCAUUUCAUUCCAAGUGCUACUUCUGUGAAACAUCCAAACUGCAGAUGGAGGAACCAAAGUGUCACAGAGAUGGGACCAGAUCCAGGGGAACAGGAUUUCGAAGUCCCAUUUCAGAGCUGGAGAAAGGAGGAGGAAUGCAUAUGGGAUAAGAAUGAUGAAAAGAGAGACAUUGCUGAAGAAACCCAGGAUAAAGACUUCUGUGAGGAGGAAGAUCCAUCCAGGAGUGAUCUGUUUGCUUUUUGCCCUCUCCCAAAAGAUGCUGCUUGGUACAAAACAAUGUUUUACCCUCACUGUGAGGCCUCGCUCAAUCCUAGUCCUGAAGGGAGGCUGGAGAGCUCAGAUAUAGUUAGAAAUCUUCUGGAGAAACACCACAUCCCAUUCCACAGCCCUUGUUCCUACGCAGCCAGGGCCAAAUGUGUGAAGUCCAUCCCAGGCUACAGAGAGCUGGCAUUCCCAGAUUUCUGGGGCCACCAGGCUCCUCCCUACAGCAAGCCCGUGUUGGAGCGCAAGCACGGGGUGCAAAGGGACAAAGUCCUUGAUGAUGUUCGCCGCCUGAUCCAGCCGGGGGAUGUGAUAGGAAGAACUGUGUUUGAUUUGGAUGAUCCCAGCAGUGGCUCAAGCCCAGCUGCUCCAGGCUGCCUGACAUUUUUCUCCAAGUUUGAGUCGGGAAACCUUCGGAAAGCGAUCCAAGUGCGUGAGUUUGAGUAUGACCUAAUUGUGAAUGCAGAUGUGAACAGCAACCAGCACCACCAGUGGUUCUACUUUGAGGUCCGUGACAUGAAGUCAGCAAUUCCCUAUCGCUUCAACAUCAUCAACUGUGAGAAGUUCAACAGCCAGUUUAAUUAUGGAAUGCAGCUGGUCAUGUACUCCGUGAGGGAAGCUCUCCUGGGCAGACCUGGCUGGAUUCGGGCAGGCCAGGAGAUCUGCUACUACAAAAACCACUACCGCCGCAGUGCAGCUGCAGCAGGAGGUGUGAGGGGAAGGUUCUACUACACCCUCACCUUCAGCAUCAAGUUCCCUCACAGAGAGGAUGUCUGCUACCUGGCCUACCACUACCCCUACACCUACUCCACGAUGAUGUCCCAUCUUGAUAUCCUGGAACAAAAUAGGAACCCUAAGAAGGUUUACUGGAGGCAGCAGACACUCUGCCAGACUCUAGGGGGAAAUCCAUGCCCAUUGCUCACAAUCACUGCCAUGCCCGAGUCUAAAAACAGACAUGACCUGGAGCAAUUCUGCAGCCGUCCUUACGUGUUCCUCACAGCCCGGGUUCACCCUGGAGAGAGCAACUCCAGCUGGGUGAUGAAGGGGACCCUGGAGUUCCUGGUGAGCACUGAUCCCAUUGCUGAGCUCCUGAGGAAAUGUUUCAUCUUCAAGAUUGUGCCCAUGCUCAAUCCUGAUGGAGUCAUCAAUGGCAACCUCCGUUGUUCACUGAGUGGAGAUGAUCUCAACAGGCAGUGGCUGACACCCAGCUCCCAGCUGCACCCAACCAUUUACCAUGCCAAAGGUCUCCUCUCCUACCUGUGCAGCAUUGGCCGGGCUCCUCUGGUCUUCUGUGACUACCAUGGGCACUCUCAGAAAAAGAAUGUGUUUCUCUAUGGCUGCAGCAUUAAAGAGACCUUGUGGCAAGCAGGCUGCAUGGUUGACACAGCAGUUGUCACCGAAGAUGUUGGCUACAGGACUCUCCCCAAAAUCCUGGAUAAAGUGGCCCCUGCAUUUGUCAUGAACAGCUGCAGCUUCCUGGUGGAGAAGUCGCGGGCGUCGACGGCUCGUGUGGUGGUGUGGAGGGAGAUGGGGGUGCUGAGGAGCUACACCAUGGAGAGCACCUACUGCAGCUGCAGCCACGGACUCUACAGAGGCCUGCAGCUGGGAACACAGGAGCUGGAGGAGAUGGGAAGCAAGUUCUGCCUUGGUUUGCUGAUUCUGCACCUCAAAUCCCUGCCCUGCAGCAAGGAGCUGAUGGCUCAGGCAGCUCUCCUGCUGGAUCUGGAGGAGGAGAUCACAGACAGGGCACAAAGAAGGUGCAGUAACAGCAGCCUGGAGUCUGAUGAUGAACCUCCUUGUGCAGAAGAGAUUGAUUAUGACACUGCCAGUAGCUCUGAUGGUGAAGAGGAAUUCUUGGAGCUAGACCAGGAGAUCCAGGAGUGCCUCUCGUGUGUGGACGGCGAGACAGAAGAUGAAGUGACCACAGGACAGACAUGCAGCUCUAGGGCUCUGAGGGGGCUCUACAUUUCCAGCCAGCCAGCAGCCAACAGCACAGCUCUGCCUCUGGGUUCAACAGCACUUGGACUGUACAGUGGGUUCGAGAGCAGUCCUGUGUGAGCAAGGCUGUGACUUGAAGAGCAGCAAGACAAUGGGCUGCUGCUCAUGUUUGCCUGUUUGCCAGCUUCAGCACCCUUCCCAGAUGUGUUGCUCCUGGUUCUGAAUGGAUAGUUGACUGUAUGUUUGUGUAAUCUGUGUAAAUACAUCUGCUGAGAAUGACUCCUGACACUUUGUACACGAGGCAGAGCGAGGGGCCACGAGCCCAGGUGGUACUGUGUGAGAUCAUCAAUUCCUGAACAUAAUCCCCAGCUUCAUGGCUGCCUCUAGCAUGUGGUUUCAUACAGAUGGGCCUGAGGAGCAGUAUUUGGAGACCAAGGAAUCAGAGAUGAUUCACUUUUUCUGACUUUAGGCAGCCUUUGCCUGGAGAAGUGACAGUUAUCGAUGCCUUUCACCAGAGCUCUCUGUUGCCAUUCUCUCUUGAGCUGUAGAGCCUCUGAUCAAGCCUCUGAUUUCUGUCUGAUCAGAAUUUUUACAGUGCAUUCAACAGGUUGGGUCUGGCUGUGCAUAUUUCCAAGCUGGUUGUAUCUCAGCAACAGCAAGGGAAAUCCAGUGUGCCACAGUAAGGAAAGCAGCAGUGACAAUUCAUAGUGAUCCUCUGGAAACCUGGAUAAAUUCACCAAUGGGUUAGUGAAGGUGUCAAAAUCCAGGAGUGAAUUUAUCCCAAGCAUCCCAUCCCAGUUUUUUUAAUCUUCAAAUGAAGAAAAAUUAGAUUUCUGCUAAAAUUGCCUCCUAGUUCCUGAGAAUCCAGCACAGAGAGAGAACCCACACACGUGUUCUGUAUCUCUAAAGCAUGAAGCCAUGUCACUUCAUCUCACACUUUACAUUGCCUGAUCUUGCCAUGUGUCUUAGACUCUGCUGCUGCAAAUGGGGAAUUGCCCUGAAUCCAAAUGGAGCUAAUUUUAAGAUGCAAGAGGCUCCCAACUCUGUCACUGCUUUGUGAGGCUCAAGGAUGAAUGCAGAGUGUGUUGUAGCAUUACAGCCUGCAAGGACUCCAGUGUCUACUAGUGAUGGUUAUUAUUAAUAUUGAUACACUAUUAAAAGCACCGUGUCAUCUUCCUGGUUUUAUGCUGGUUGUGAAGAGAAUUCCUAGUGCAGAACAAGAUGUGUUUCUGAGCACCUUUCCUCAGACUACCUAGACAAUAUUUUCCAGCAGGAGGUUGCUCUUUAGAUAAAAAGCUUCUUCAUGUCCUGCUCGGUUUUCAGCAUCCACAUGUUCUAAAGUCUUCCUGAGUACAUAAGAGUUGCCUGUGUCUCUCUCUCUCUGUGAUGCUGCUCAAAAGACAGGCAGCUUGGGUCCCUAGAAGCUGAGCUUCUUAGCCCAGACUAAUUCAUUAGGUGUGGUGUGUGCCUCUGUACAGAUGUCCUGUUCUGCUUGGUUUAGCGUGCAGCUUGUUGCACACAAUACUGAAUUUUAAUAAAAGGGUGGCUCACAGGAAGGGACACAAAAGAGGUGAAACAGGUGUUCCCAUUAUAAUAGUUUGUAUAAUACUGCUUCAAAGCUUAUUAACAAAGAAACAAUGUAUGUGCAUAAUUAACUUAAAAAUCCAGUGUUUGUAGGCAUGACAAAAACUUGACAGUGUGCUAAGUCCUGACUGCAGCAUACAAAAGCCUGUGGGGAUGUUCAGCAUUCAACACAUCCCCAGAACACAGGGUAAAAAAUACUGUUGUACAUAUCUGUGUCUGUAAAUGUGCAUGUUUGCACCCACUUUGCUUUCUGUACCAACACUGUCACAACAGUAGCUGAAGGGUGCUUACCAAGGCUUGCCAGUGGUAAAUCCUAUUGCAGAGAAAAGAAAAUCUUCAGUCAGCAUUUUCAUUAAUGAGAUGCACAUAUUCUGGCUAUAAAAUUUGGCUUUCUAGCUGUUCCAUUAUGAAUUUUUUAAGAUAAGGGGAAAUCAGUUCAGUGGGAAAGUUCUGCCGUGGUGACUAAACUGUGCAAGAGUUGUCAUAACAUAAUAAAAGAUGUAUCUUCCAUGUGUGCUUGGAGCCAAAUGUGUAUGAGCAAUAGCACCAUUUCAGAGAUCCCGGUGCUAGGAGCUGCAGGAGGAGGGGAGAUGGCAAAGGCCCUCAGGGUGUUUUCAGUGUUUGGGAUCCAAAUGCAGCAGCUGAGCUGGGAGCAGCGUCCCUGGACAUCAACCACACCUGCAUAAAUGCUGCUGAGUGGUAUAAAAAACCUGGCCAGCCUUUUCUGCCUGGCAGCAUCCCAUGCCUGUGCCGAUAACUUGUCAGCAAGCAGUGAGGAUGCUGCAGGGUAGGGGCAGGACAAUCCCCAGCCCAAGGAUGCUCAGCCUGCUGCCAAGGAGGUGAGCAGGACCCCAACCACUUGGGAAGAGCACCCGGAUAACUUCAGGAGAAGCAGUUUUGUGGGCUUUUUCUCCAGAAGUUCCCCAGGGAGCAGAUGCUCCUCUUCUUUUGACAGACCUCUAGAGGUCAGGAGAAUUCCUCCGUGCGCGCUGCGCGCUCCGCGCUAUUAAAAUUCUCCCUGAGUCAUGGUAAUUAAGCAGAGCUAGGCUCUGCACAGAGGAACGGAAGUGCAUUGACUUUAAUAAAACAGAGUGUAAAACAACUUUAGAUUAACUCCAGCCUUGUUUAUUCUUGCACACUUGUAAUUCUGGUUCGGUAUCCCCAGUGAAUGGAGCCGUUGUCCGGGCCCGUCACCUCCCCGAGUGCUGAGCACGGAGAGCAGGGCCUUUGCUUGCUGGCUAAUCCCAAAGAAUUUGGAAACAGCCGAUGGAGAAAGGGAGGGAGAGAGGGAAGUCGCCCUGCUCCCACCGUUUUGUCGCUCCUCAAGAGUCAGCAAGGCUGUCAGGUUGAGACUCAAGCCAAAUAUUCCCAAUAGUGGCCAGAAGAGAUGGUGGCUUAGAGACACUCGCCGGGUCCCCACUGCUGCAGCAGCUCUGGGCUCCUGCCAGGCACAUUAACUUUUUUUACUGAUGCCUUUUGUCUGGCACUGGCUCUCUCAGAGGCUGUGAAUGGCCGUGUUCUCCUUUUCCCCCCCAGUUUGCAUGACGUGGGUGGAAGAUGCUGUGCUGAGCCCUGCACUACACUGCACCCUCUGUCUCAGCCCCUCAGCAGCUCUUGGGUCUCCCGGCCACAAUAGCCCUUUCCUGUCAGAGAUGAUUCCAAGGAUGCCUUGCCAGUGUCUAGUGAAAUACAUGUGUGUGUGGAAACCUCUGGGCAAAAAAAAUAAAUAAUUAAACAAUAAAAAGAAAAAAGAAUCAAGUCAGCAAAGUGAAGGAAGAACAAAAUCUAAUUAGUUUUAUCUGCUGUUUGUUAUGAGGCUGUCAGAGUGCUCUAUCCCCUAGUUUUACAGCACUCUGGAAAAUAACAGUGAUAAUAAUAAUAAACAACCGUGCACUGGGUUGUUUUUGAAGCAGGCAGGAAGCAGAUUAAGGAGGGGGGAAGACAGCAGCCCUGCUCCUCCACUGCUUCUCUCCUGCUGCCAAACAGCAGAGAUGUGGGUGAUAGAGCUAUCUCCUGUCUUAUCUGUCCUUGGACAAGAUCCACUGCCCCUAUCCAUCCCUUAGAGAUGCAAAGCCUGAGUCAGAGACUGUUUGGCAGCAAUUUGGGACACUCAUAUUAUAUUUCUUUCUUUGUCACAGAUCUCUUAUGUACUCUUGACCAAUUUGUUUGUGCUCCCAGUUUCUGUUCCAUUGUGAGAUACCAAUGGCAAAUACAGCAGUGAAAGUAGGUGUGUGUUCUUGGAAUAAGAGAGGUGGAAAUAGGGAUGUAAAACUGCCCAGUGUUUGCUCUAUACUGAUUUCAGCUGAUGAGAGGGGAGCUGGAAUUACUCUGUGCAGGAGUGUGGUGGUAGUUGCCAUCCCUGGUUUCCACUUCAGUGAUUAGUUAGGACAUUUCUUUUUAAGCUGUGCUGGAUAAUUUUAAAAGCCUCUUCUCUCAGGUUGUUGUCAGCCCUUCCUGUCCCAUAGUCUGGUUCUUAGAGUAAGGAAAUUUUCUCUCCUGUUUUAGUGAGAGCAGGAUUUGACCCUCUGUUUGAAAACACUUGUAUGGUUUUCCAGGCAGAGGGCUGGACACAAGGCUCCAGUUGAAGAUACGCAAAAUCUUGGAGAACUAAAAACUCUGUCCAUGUAAUUGCAUUGGGAAAAGACGAAGGACAAGGUUAAAGAAACAAGGUAUAAAUCAGAGAGGAAGGAGAGGACUCAGAGUGCAAGGAGAGGAAUGAAGAGAGCAGGAGGGAAUAGGAGUAGGGGGCAUUUGGGGGAGACACAGGCAGAGAAAUGGGAGAAUUGUUCCUAUUUGUGCAUCCUCUUCCGUCCCCAGAUAAUGUGUCAGUAUUAGUGCUACCAAGAAACAGCCCUCUUUACUGUAGAAUAAAUCUGCCACUGUAUUCCCCACUCCAUAAACGGCAGCCAAGUCCGUAUCCUCAGCGCUGCAUUGUGCGCUGGGGUCUGUGAGUGCUUUUCAUGAGCCUGUAUCAUCCCUGCCCUUGGGCUUUCUCUCAGACAGGUCCUGGAAGAUCCAUGGCGUAUUAUUGUUGAUGGAGCAGUUUGUGGCUGCAUUUUUCAUCUUUUCUUUUUCCUGCUUCUUUCAUUUCACUUUGAAAAAGUGAGAGAACAGGAGGGAGCGAGAGAGAAAGAAGUGCCCUGCUAUGAGUCUAGCACAAUCUGCAGAAAGAUGGCAAAGGCAGCUAUUUUAGCAUCAGGGGCUUUUUUAGCCUUUAAUUAAGCUGCUUGUAGUUCAUGCAUGGACCAGUGAGAGGGAAGAAAAUCUACCACUAAAAACAAUCAUCAGUUGGAUGCUCUGGCAAUAACUCCAGUGUCAGUAAAGUGCCAUAGCCUUUGGCUAACCGAGCUCUGGGCACUGAGGGGCUGGCUCCUCACCAGCUGAUGUAAUUGCAAUCACAACCCUGUUUUCUGCCCCCUUGCUCCUUAAGGCCUGACUGACGGCUUUCCCUGAAUGGUUUCCAGUGCAUGCUCUGGCAGCUCCUGCCUUUGCCUCGGCAUUUCCAUAAAAAGUCAUUUAGCUUUUCUGUGUUUGUUUCCCUGCCUGUGAAGUGGGGUUAUUAAUAUUUAUUUUCGGUGAAAGGGGUCACAAAGAGGUUUAAAUCUCCAGUGUUUACAACACAAUUUGAUAUCCUUAGAGAAGGCAAACAGGAAGGAUUAAUUGCUGCCUCUUUCAUAUAUCUGCCAUCACUGAAAUAAAAGUCCUGCCCGUUGCUGGGAUCACCUCUAACUCCUUUCCAGGGGAUGCUGUGUUUCCUUUGGUCUCUGUGGAAGGUGGCACAGGUGGGCUGGACAAAUCCUUGAGGUGAAAGCACGACAGUGUCGACAAAAACUUUGGAUUUUUUUACAGCGCAGCAGUCUUCCAAGAACCAGGCAGCAUGCUGGUUCGUGAGUUAGGAAAAUGGGAAAUUUAAUAGAGGUGAAAAUGAGGCACUUGGGAGAAGAAUGGAGCAAUCUGGUAAACAUCUGAAAUGUCUCUGCCCAAGGGCUAGGAGUGUAAGGGCUAAACAGGAAGAAUAUAAAGCCUUAGUACAUAUACCAAGCUAUGAGUUAAUCAGCUUCCCAGACACAUGGAAAAGAGAAAGUAGGAACAGCAGAAGAAGGAUUAAUUGGCUGUGAAACAUCAGGGAAUUGGUAGGUUGAGUCAAGGAAAAAGGAAUACAGGCCAGCAAGCACUGACUUAGAGAUUAGAGCAGAGGUGCAAUGAUGAGAUCUCCCAAGGCAGGGAGAAGAAUAGAACAAAAGAAAAACACUAAAAUUGUGUGAGGACCUCAUUAAUACCUUAAAAUGAGAAAUUAAUUGUUUUUUGAAAGUUCAAGCAGCAGCAGACUAGGAAUGAGAAGAGACUGAUACCAAGGCACGAGUAGAUGAAAUCAGAAGGGUCCCGGCAAAGAAUGAACUAGAGGUGGCUACAAACACACAAGGGAAGAAAAAGAAAUCCUAUAAAUAUGCUAUAAAUAUUCUAGAAGGAAUAAAAUCGUAAAAUUGUGUACCACAGAGGGAGAGCACAUGCAAAGGGUUGGAGUCAUCAUUGCCUAUUUGACUCCCCUUAUCACCAAAACAGAUAAAUAUAAAACAAGUCACCCUGCCUGGGGUAUGGGACUGGGCCAGAGCAAAGGGGUGUGAAUUAAAGAACCCUUACACUGACUGAGUGAAUUCAAACUGCUUGACCUGAGGGAAUUCUCCUGCAGGUUGUCCAGUGAAAACAGUCUGUGAACAGUUAGAAAUGGAUUUCAAUAACUUCUAUAUCAAGAGGGUUCUUCAAAGUCUAAAAGGGCAAAUAGGGUAUUUGUUUGUGUAGACAGAAAAAAAAAAGAAGAACCAGGAAAUUUAAAUCAGCCAGCUAAGCUGAGUCACUACACAGAAACCUCAACAAAUUAUGAAACAAACAAUUCAUUAGCUGCUAUAGGAUAAGAAGGUGGUAAAAGAGAAUCAACAUGGAUUUGUCAAGCUGAUCUAAUUCCUUUCUUUUAUUGGCUAAUUGGCUUAGAGGAUAACAUAUGUCUUUGCUUUAGGAAAGCUUUGAAUACUUUCUUUUCAUAAAGAAUGAAAGUAAUAUGGUUUAUAUGAAGUAUUUGUAAGGAAGGUGCACAUUAGCUGAGGAAUUACUUAUGAGAGCCAGGUUUCAUCUCCACUAAUUUUAGCUUUCUAGAACUUAGGCAUCUGGAGAAGAGAUGACUGAGAGAGGACCUUGUCCAUGUCUAUCAGUAUCUGCAGGGAGGGUGUCACAGAGGUGGAGCCAGGCUCUUCUUCCUGGUGCCAAGAAAAAGGCAAUGGGCAGAAACUGGAACACAGGAAGUUCCACCUGAACAGGAGGAAGAACUUAUUUCCUGUGAGCAAUGGAAGUUUGUCCAGAGAGGCUGUGAGUUCUCCUUCCCUGGAGAUGUUCAAAAGCCAUCUGGACACAAUCCUGAGUGACAAUUUUUGCAGGAUCCUGCUUGAGCAGGGAGGUUGGACCAGAUUUCCAGUGGUCCCUUCCCACCUUACCUAUCCUGUGAUUCUAUGAUUUAGUCUAAAUUAUUCUGUACAGGGUAAAUAUAGAGAAACAGGCAUCCCCACAGGAUCUACAUCCUAAGAUACUGGAAAGGAUCAUUUGUUGAACUAUUUCCUUGCUUUGUUAACUUCUGAGUGAAGUUACACUACCAGAUCAGGCAGGACUCCUAGCUUUAAACUCACCCCAAGAAGAAAUCCCACAGUCAUGCUUGCAGGAUUAUUUUACUUAUGUAACUGAGAAAAUAAAAUGGAAAAUCCAUUUGCUAUUUUUCAGAAAAUCCCAUCUAUUUCUGUUGAAGUUCAGCUCCAUGUUUGUUCACCUUUAUUUAUGUCAAUACAUCUGCCAAUCAUGCCUUCAACCUUUCUAGCACAGAGCUCUGCUUCAGAGCUGCCCACACCCAUCUCUGUAACCCCACACUUUGCUCUGUAACCCCAUCUUUUGCUCUGUAACCCCACACUUUGCUCUGUAACCCCAUCCUUUGCUCUGUAACCCCAUCUUUUGCUCUGUAACCCCAUCCUUGGCUCUGUAACCCCAUCCUUGGCUCUGUAACCCCAUCCUUUGCUCUGUAACCCCAUCCUUUGCUCUCUAACCCCAUGCUUUGCUCUGUAACCCCACACUUUGCUCUGUAACCCCAUCCUUGGCUCUGUAACCCCAUCCUUUGCUCUGUAACCCCAUCCUUUGCUCUGUAACCCCAUCCUUUGCUCUGUAACCCCAUCCUUUGCUCUCUAACCCCAUCCUUUGCUCUGUAACCCCAUCCUUGGCUCUGUUACCCCAUGCUUUGCUCUGUAACCCCAUCCUUUGCUCUGUAACCCCAUCCUUUGCUCUGUAACCCCAUCCUUUGCUCUGUAACCCCACACUUUGCUCUGUAACCCCAUGCUUUGCUCUGUAACCCCACACUUUGCUCUGUAACCCCAUCCUUGGCUCUGUAACCCCAUCCUUUGCUCAUCCCCCAGGAUACAGAGAACACUGGUGAUCUGGGGGUUGCAUCCCAGAGGGAAUUGGGAUCAGACCAGGCACUCACUGGUGGCUGACAUCCAGGUAGAUGCCAGGAGCCCUGGAGCAGGGAGCUCACACUGAAGCCACUGUGCCAGAUGGCCUGAGUGCUCUCAGUUGUAAGAGCUGCUUUGUACUUUUUAGCUUUACUGAUGCGGAGAGAACAUUUUGAACUGUCUAAGACUUCUAACCUUGUAUCAUUGGCACACGAACAGCAGCAGCACACUGUUGAACAUAAUAACAAGAGGGAAAGAGCUGUGGAAUUAAAUAAGUAUUUAAAUCUUAGGGUUUGCAGCGCAGAGCUAGAAGCUUUAGCUGUGUUAUUUCCAGGAAUUGGUUGAGUCAUGUUUGAGAAUAAUGGAUAAGAUUAAUUCCUUCGUGACUAUGGCUGAAUAAAUUAUUUGACAAUAAU